AAGCUAAAAAUGCUUCUGCCAGACCAAGAGAUCAGCUGAACAAAUUCAAAAAAGCUCAACUGUAACUUUCGGUGACUUGUAAAAUGAGGCUUCCUUUAUAAAUAAAUAAAAAAGCAAUGUCCUAAUAUUGUGGAAAAUGUGAAUAAAAUAGAUUAAACGCCAGUCUAUUCAAAAUGUGCACACAUAAGGUGUUAAAUUUAACAACAUGGGUAUGACAAACUCGAAUGUGCUUAAGCAUUCAUUAGCACAUGAAAAGAAGGAUUGGAUGCAUAAAGGUACUGCAUAUGUUAAGCAUUUUAAAUCAGUCUCCUGUGAGGUCCCAUUUAAUCCAAUAUGCUUUGUGUGGAUGCAGCUGUCUACGUAGGCAGUAGCGCAGUAUUGGAACAAAGCUAUAGAGUAUAAAACAACACAGUGAAGAUCAUCUUUCUUACCACUGCUGGUAACAUUACCCAGAUCAUGUAAACCAAUUUCACACAGAAAUUCAUAAAUCUCCAUUCAAGUCUAGCCGCCCCCGAAGAGAUGAGCACGUGUCCAGCAAAUCACGUUGAGUUCUCCCUUGUGUCUCAGGCUGUGGAGGUCCUGAGCGGCAAAUCUGAUCAGGAAGUUGGCAUUAUAGCAGCAGCUGCUGAAGAUCCAAUAACAACGCCGUUUGGGCUUCAUUAAACUCUGUUAUAUGGUCCUCCUAUGCUGUCCUCCUAUGCCAAGACUGAAGACAAGCUGUUUAAACAUCUCUUCAGCAACUACCAGAAAUGGGUGAGACCAAUCGAAGAUCUAAACACAACUAUUCAAGUAAAGUUUGGCCUGGCAAUUUCCCAGCUGGUGGAUGUGGAUGAGAAGAACCAGCUGAUGACGACCAAUGUGUGGAUGAAGCAGGAAUGGACAGACUUGAAGCUCAGAUGGGAUCCGGAUCAUUACCUGGGCAUCACCUCUAUCAGGGUGCCUUCAGACUCCAUCUGGAUUCCUGACAUUGUGCUCUAUGACAAUGCAGAUGGUAAUUUCGAGGCCACAGUGACAAAAGCAGUGGUGAGAUUUGAUGGCACAAUCUCCUGGACUCCUCCUGCCAACUAUAAAUCUGCCUGCACCAUUGAUGUGACCUUCUUCCCCUUUGACCUUCAAAACUGCUCCAUGAAGUUCGGUUCUUGGACCUAUGAUGGCUCCCAGGUCGACAUUCUCCUUGAAGACGUGCAUGUGGACAAACGUGACUAUUUUGACAAUGGCGAAUGGGAGAUCGUGAAGGCCACUGGUAACCGGGGUUUGAGAAGAGAUGGGACUUUUUUCUAUCCAUCCAUCACGUACUCCUUUAUAAUCCGACGUCUUCCUCUCUUCUACACACUCUUCCUCAUCAUCCCCUGCAUUGGAUUGUCUUUCCUGACUGUGCUUGUCUUUUAUCUUCCGUCUAAUGGAGGGGAAAAAAUCUCCCUCUGCACGUCUGUCCUCGUCUCACUUACUGUCUUCCUUCUGGUGAUAGAAGAGAUCAUCCCUUCCUCCUCAAAGGUAAUUCCUCUGAUUGGAGAAUAUUUGGUCUUCACUAUGAUCUUCGUGACACUUUCCAUUGUCAUCACCGUCUUUGCUAUUAACAUCCACCAUCGCUCCUCUUCCACCCAUCAUAGCAUGGCUCCCUGGGUCCGCCGUAUCUUUCUUCACCACUUGCCUAGACUGCUCUGCAUGCGUAGCCACGUGGACCGUUACGCCACCAGCGCUGGGACUCGAACAGGAGGACUGGGCUAUGGGAAGAGUUUGAGUCAGGAUACCAACCAGCUCGAUGCAGAACACAACCUGCAGGCGGCCUUAGAGUCUAUACGCUACAUCACACGCCAUGUGGUGAAGGAGAAUGAAGUCAGAGAGGUUGUUCAAGACUGGAAGUUUGUGGCCCAGGUUCUGGACCGGGUUUUCCUGUGGGCCUUUCUCUUAGUAUCACUACUCGGCUCUGCUCUGCUUUUCAUCCCUGUUAUCUAUAAAUGGGCCAGCAUCAUUGUUCCCAGCUAUGCUGAAAUUACUAGCUAAACUACACGAAUGUAUACACUUCCAAACUUUUUGGCUUGAAUAAAGUUUUUUGCAUUAUUAUAGCAUUUAUUACUGUAGUCUUCAAAACAUCUAUGCAAAUUGUGGCAAUCAUGCGCUGUCAUUUAAGAUGUAACAUGCUGCAUUCUAUUCUCUGUUGUAUGCUGAUUUCAUUAUAUUAAAGUUUACAAUAAAAAUAUGUAUUGUUCUUUGUGAAAAGAUCAUUUGUAUCUCAGAGAUUUUUCUUUUGAAAAAUCUAAAGUAUAAAAGAAAAUUUGACUUGU